AUGUCAUCAAGCGAUAUGGCCUGCGACAAAUGCGCUAAACCUACGAGCGACUCCGACAGCAUUCUUUGUCAGGGCCUUUGCAGCCUGGCGUUUCACUUAAAGUGUGCGGGGUUGCUUUCGUCGCACCUCAAGUCGAAGGCUGACAACAGAAAUUUGCUUUGGGUUUGUGACGAAUGUUGCAAACUUCUAAAAAAUGCUGCUUUCCGUCGAUCUUUGGACAGCUACGAAACUCUUAUUGCGGACAUGCGGAAGAGCCAGGCUUCGUUAGUUGCUGAUAUGAAGUCUGAAAUUGCUGCGACCAACUUGAAGCUUGAUAAACUUAUGAACGUUCGUCCUAACAUCAACCCUUCUCCUCGUGUCCCUGCUGCCUGGCCUAGGCUAGCCACUCCAUCGAACAAGAGGCGCCGAAUUGAAAACCCAACUGUUGCCCCUUGUGUGGGUACUAGAAGAAAAACUACCGUAAAAACUAUUGCGACGGUUGCUCCUCGCGAAAGAAAGUUUUGGAUCUAUCUGGCUCGAUUGCAAAAUAGCGUUACGGCCAAAGAUAUUGAAGAGUUCGUAAUGGAAUGUCUCCAAUGCGAAUCAGCUGAAGUUCAUGCCCUGGUUCGAAAGGAUGUUGAUGUUUCUACGCUCAGAUCAAUUUCUUUCAAAGUUGGGGUGGAUCUUAAGUUGAAAGACUCUGCGCUUUCCCCAAAGACUUGGCCUGCUGGAAUAUUAUUCCGAGAAUUCGAGGAUUUUGGUUCAAAAAACCCUUUAACUCCUGCUGUCACUUUCUCACCAGUUGUGCCAUCCACGGAGACUCCCGGCAGUUCUACACCUCGUAUGGCACCAAUUCACUGA